CCCUUUAUGUACAAACAACGUUAUGAUAUUUAUGUUGAUGGUCUUACACUUUUAUUGUAAGGCGACUCUCUAGAAUUUAAGCAAUCUAAUCGACUUAGGAGCGCAUAAAGUUAUCCAAGAAUGGAUUUGGCGAUCGUAGACCAAUGCCCCGUGAAGAACGAACCACUCGAAGAAGACUCAUUCGAGGAACAAUCGUGCUCAAUUUCUGACUGCGACAUCGAACAGCCCGAAAGUGAAAUAAAGAUCGAAGAAGCUUGUAAUUAUGACAUCGAUUUUGAGCCAGCUAAAAGCAUACCCCAAAAAACACCGAUGAAGCUGAAGGCUUGUAAAUCCAAAAAAGGACAGAAGCGCCUCUUGCGAAAUCGCACAGAUACAUUUAAGUGUACCCAUUGCCAAAAGGCGUUUACAAGAAAAGAAAACCUGCAAACGCACUUGCGAAUUCAUGCAGGAGAACGGCCGUUCGAGUGUUCCCACUGCUUCAAGAGUUUUGGUAGCAGCUCACAUUAUAAGCGGCACUUGCUUAUACACGCCGAAAACCGACCCUUUAAGUGUCCCCACUGCUCAAAGACUUUCAUCCUGAAUACAUCGCUCAAACAACAUUUGCGAAUACACACAGGAGAAAGGCCGUUCUCCUGUUCCCAGUGCUCUGCAUCAUUUACAGUGAAAUCUUCACUUCACACACACAUGAUAGUGCACACUGGCGAGCGGCCGUUUAAGUGUACCCAGUGCUCAACAUCUUUUGCGCGGAAAUCAAAUUUUCAGGAACACUUGCGUGCGCACACAGGAGAACGACCCUUUAUAUGUGCGCACUGCCCAAAGGCAUUCAAAUCCAAUUCGCAUCUCCAGGAACACUUGCGAACGCAUAUGGAGGCACGGCCCUUUGAGUGUUCCCACUGCUCGAAGAGCUUUAAGCUCAAGUCAAUUCUUCAAAAGCACUUGCUAACACAUGCUGAAGGAUCCUUUAAGUGUACCCAGUGCACGAAGACUUUUGCACAGAAGGCAAGUUUGCAAAUUCAUCUGCGAGUGCACGCGGGAGAAAAUCCGUACGAGUGUUCUCAUUGCUCAGAGACCUUUGCAAGCAACUCCACUUUUCAACUGCACUUGCUUGAGCACGCUGGAAAAGAGCCCCUGAAGUGUUCCCAGUGCUCAGCCACCUUUGCAAUGAGGUCACUUUUUCAAAUCCACGUACGUUCCCAUACAAGAGAGCGAACGUUUAAGUGUGCCGAGUGCUCGAAAUCAUUUUUUAGGAAGACACACCUUAAGGACCACCAGGUAGUUCACACGGGAGAACGGCCCUUUAAGUGUACCCACUGUUCGAAGAAUUUCAAACAUCGUUCGCAUCUUCAGGUCCAUUUGCGAGAUCAUACUGGAGAGAAGCCCCUUAAGUGUUCCUACUGUUCGAAGGAAUUUAAGUUGCAUUCGCAACUUCAGGUGCAUCUGCGAGACCAUACUGGAAAAAACCCCUUCGCGUGUUCCCACUGCUCGAAGACCUAUAUGGCCAAAUCAAAUCUUCAAAUACACUUGCGAACGCACACGGGGGAACUGCCUUUUAAGUGUUCCCACUGCUCUAAGCGCUUUGCAAGGAGCGGAGAUCAUAGGGAACACUUGCUGGUGCACACGGGAGAGAAGCCCUUCAAGUGUUCACACUGCCCAACUAGAUUCACUCAGAAAUCCAGUCUUGGGCGACACCAAAAGAAAAACUUAUGCGGCAUAAACUCAAAUAGAAAUUAGUUAGCUUAGAAAUGACGUAAAAAUAAAAUAAAA